AUGUCUGGAAUUAAGUCUUCGGCCGAAGAGGCUGGGGCUGGAGGUAGCAUCCAUGGCUCUAUCAACUCCUCCAAGAGCCCAAAUGGAACUGCGAAUCAGUUUCAAAUCGCUAUCUGCGGAGUUGGUAUGCGACUCUCGGGUGGAAUCCGCAGCACCGAGGAGUUUUGGGAUUUAUUGGCCGGUGACGCGGAUGCCCGCGGUUCUGCCCCUGGAGCCCAGAAUGAAAGGCGUGAUGUGCAUGGCAGCCGAUUAAGUGAAGGCCACAACUCCGUUGAUGCAUCCUUAUUCACGACCACUGAAGGGCCAGCCGAUUUUGGACCGUAUGGCCAGAAACUCCUCGAAGUUACGCGUGAAUGCCUAGAAGAUGCAUGCGAGGUCAGCUAUCGCGGAAAGGGUGCGUCUGUAGCUUGCUAUCUGGCAAUGCCAAGUAAAGAAGAAUCCAAGUCGAAGGAGGCCAGACACACCUCUAUCGCGGACUAUGUAUCCAAACAAUAUGACUUUCAAGGACCAAGCGUAAUGAUUGAAAAUGCGGAUCCUUCCGCAUCACUGAAGGCACUUCAUGAAGCAUGUAAUGCUAUGAAGAAUGGUGAUGCCAAAGCUGCUCUCGUUGCGGGCAUCAACUUGAUGACCGCCGCGGAGAUGGAUGCGGAUGCUUCUGAGAGAGAAGCGGUGGUGGCAGUGUUCAUCAAGCCAAUGAAUGACGCAAUUCGCGAUGGAAACCCGAUUCAAGCCGUCAUCUGUGCUACUAACACGUGCGACGGCCAUGAGUUUCGAGAAGCCGUGAAUUCAGGAGCAAGUGUCUAUGUAGACAUGAUCCGCGAGGCCUAUGAUGUCGCUGGGUUGGAUCCCCGUGACACAGCAGUUAUUGAGUGUUACGAUGCUGGUUUUGCUGGAAACCAGAUCGAGCUCUCGGCUCUUGAACGCGUUUUCGGAGGGAGCGAUGCCUCUCUUUGCUCCUCUCGCCAUGCUGUCGGUGACUCAAAAAGUGCUUCGGGUCUUGUUAGCUUGAUCAAGGCUAUGGUUUCCAUAAAGCACCAAACAAUUCUGCCAACUGCAUCAAACGGUCAAUCUCAAAGUCGGAAGCUCAGUGCGUUUGCAAAGUCACGCGAAUUUCCAUCUGGUCGAGCUGAAAGAAUCAGCAUCAGCUAUCUUGGAACUGCGGACAUUGGAACCCACGUUAUCCUUGAGUCGUAUCGAAAUAACGAUUCUUCAGCAAACAAGUACCACUCUCGCACAGAACUUGUCCUCUUUUCAGCAAGUGACGCAACUGCUCUGAACCAGCAGAUACAGCUUCACCAUGAUUACGCCAAGGCACACCCGCAACUCGUCCCUGAUGUUGCUUUUACUCGUGCUAUACGCCGAAAAGCACUCACUCACCGCGCUUUUUCUCUCCUCGGAGUCGAUGGAGAAUGCCUAAGUACUUCGAACCACGCGAAAUGCCCGCCUGAGCCCUCUUCCAUCACGAUGGUCUUCAGUGGGCAGGGAGCGCAGUGGGCAGGCAUGGGCAAAGAACUUUUCCAGCUCGAUGGAUUUAGAGAUGACAUUCAAAGCAUGGACGACAUCUUGCGCCAACUGAAAACCCCGCCUUCUUGGACGAUUGAAGAGGAAAUCCAGCGAUCAUCCACCGACCCUCUAUGUCGAAUUCAUUCUGUGGAAACGGCUUGUAUGCUGUCUACCGCUUUGCAGAUUGCACUUUUUCAUCAGUUUGAUCGUAUGGGGGCUACGCCAGAGGCCGUCGUCGGCCAUUCCAGCGGCGAGAUUGCCGCAGCCUACGCCGCAGGUUUUCUUACUCUGAAGGGCGCGAUUGUUACGGCAUAUUACUAUGGCUAUGCCGCUGCGAUGAGCACAUUCGAUGGAACCAUGGCGGUGACAGGUCUGAGCGCCGAAGAUACAAAAGAGUUCUUGCGUGAAGGUGUCGUUGUGGCCUGUGAAAACAGCCCAAUGAGCACGACAAUUUCCGGCGACCGCGAUGUGAUAGAGGAGGUCAUGGCUUUGAUCAAACUGUCUAGACCGCAAGUGACCACGCGAAAGUUGCAUGUUGGAACAGCUUUUCACUCACAUCACAUGGAAUCAAUCUCUACUGAACUCCUGGGGUUAUUAGAGGCUGAGAGAAUUGCCUUGCCAGAGCAGCGAACGAGAAGGGCCGUUUUAAUGUCGAGCGUCAAUAACAGCAUUCUCAAUGCCGCCGAAGACCUCAGCCCUAAUUAUUGGGUAAACAAUUUGAUAUCGCCUGUCCGCUUCUCUUCCGCGGUUCUGUCUCUUCUUGAGACUAUCCCUCAACACAGCUUAUUCCUGGAAAUUGGACCGCACUCAACGCUUUCUGGGCCACUUUCACAGAUAUGCUCUGCCACCUCUGUGCCUUGCAACUAUAUCUCAUCUCAGUUUAGAGAGAAAGAUUGUUUGGCGAGCUUCCUAUCGGCGAUUGGUCGGCUUUGGCAGUAUUCCGUGGUGUUGAAGUUAGGUCCUUUGUUCACUGGGAAAGCAAUCUCUGGACUGCCUCAAUACCCAUGGAAUUACAGCAAUCAUGAUGAUAGCGGUCUCUUGGAUACCAACACAAUGCCAUUAUCGGCAACAGAUAGACGGGCUCAAAUCAUCACAAGAGCCGCAUUGAUGACGACUGCGAGCCUCUCAGCUGAGGAAACACCAAAGACUGAGUUGGAGUUAAUCCUGCGGGCUCUUUGGGCAGAUGUACUCCGCAAUGUGCUUCAGAUCCGUAUCCAAGAUAUCGGAAGGCGGCAUAACUUUUUCCUCCUUGGUGGUGAUUCUCUUACGAUGACCGAGCUCGCCACAACUGCUUAUCGACAUGGUAUCUCCCUCUCCCCGAUAGACAUCAUGGAGAAUCCCGAGCUGGCACAAAUGGCCGCUGUUGCUUCAAUCGAUGAUGCUGAACAAUUGGGAUAUGCUAAGCCAUUCAGUUUGAUUCCGCAAGGCAGCAUGGAUGAGACCAAAACCGAAAUGCAGAAACAGUGCAACCUCGAUGCCGGAACAAUUGAGGAUAUUUACCCUUGCACAACACUUCAAGAGGGAUUUAUGGCACUUGGACUUAAGCAGCCUGGAUCCUACAUUCAUCGACAGGUUUACAAGCUAAUGCCGCAUGUUGACAUUGAUCAUUUUAUGGCCUCCUGGGACGCGGUCAUUGGGCACUGUGGCAGUCUACGGUCAAGGAUAGCCUUGGUUAACUCCGAAGCAUUGCAGGCUGUCGUCACAACUGAUACUACAUGGGAGGCUCCUGUUUCGAAUACUGAUGUGAAUACAUAUUUGAACGAGACUCGAAGCGUUCCUAUGAGUUAUGGAGAUCGUCUCAGCCGAAACGCGUUGUUACACCAGGAUAACGGCGACACCUAUUUCAUCUGGAUUGUUCAUCACGCUGUUUUUGAUGGGUUGAGUAUGAAAAUCAUACUUGAUGCUUUGCAGAGAUCCUAUCUCAGCACGGACUCCAACAUAGAGGCUUUGCCACCAUAUUCGAACUUCAUUCGGUACAUUGGGUCACUUGACUACGACUGCUCUCGCGAAUACUGGAGGAAGGAAUUGGAGGGUUCACAGCGAUCCCAAUUCCCUGCCGCUUCUAUAACUGCGAAAUCUCAAGACUGUGUGAUGAAGAAGUCCAUACCGUUCCAGAACCCAAAAGCAGCAAUAACAACGGCAACCAUCCUUCGCGCCACCUGGGCUCUUCUUCUUGCUCAGUAUUGUGGCAAUGACGAUGUAUGCUUCGGUAUGACCUUGUCUGGCCGACAAGCUCCUGUCCCCGGCUUGAACGAAAUUCCAGGGCCCAUGAUUGCUACUGUACCUGUCCGAAUUCAGAUUGAUCGGGAAAUGCUAGUUUCUGAAUUUCUUCAGCAUAUUCAGUCACAUGCGUCUAAAAUGGUUGCUCAUGAACAGUUUGGACUACAGAAUAUCUCUAAGCUUGGGCAAAGUGCUAGGGAAGCCUGUGAUUUUGCCAAUUUGCUUGUUAUCCAACCAAUGCAGCAUCUCUCUUCAGCAGCUUACUCCUCGUUGGACUCGAUCCUUCAACAAGGCAUAGAAGAAAAGGCGAUAUCAGAGGAAGCCAUGAGGAACUAUUUUAAUUAUCCGUUAGUUCUUCAAACUCGCGUUGGAGAUGAUGCGAUUGAACUCGACUUCACUUACUAUAACGACGUUUUGACCGAGGGCCAGUUGGAGGCUUUAUGUUACCAUUUUGAACAUGUUACUCGACAGCUUCUUGAACAAGAUGAUGUUCCUUUGAAGUCCAUCACAGUAUCCAGCCCGUGGGAUCUACAGCGUGCUAUAGAAUGCAACAGCGAAGAGCCAGAUAUUAUUUCAUCAUGUUUACAUCAAAUCAUUGAAUACCAUGCUCUGAAGAGACCGGACGCGAUGGCUGUUCAUGCAUCCGAUUUGACGUUGACCUAUAGCCAGCUGAAUCUUGCUGCUGAUAGACUGUCGAGCUACCUUAUGGAUAAUUGUGCGGUUCAGGCACGCGAUCUUGUUCAUGUCUGUUUCGAAAAAUCCGCUUGGUUCUUCGUAUCCAUCUUGGCGAUUAAUAAGGCCGGGGCUGCUUGGGUUCCUCUCGACCCCUCUCACCCCCUCCAGCGCCAUAAGAAGGUCGUAAUGCAGACAAAGGCAAAGCUUGCGUUAGCCUCGCCUAGUAACACCCCUCUUUGUGCUGAUUUAGUCGAAAAUGUCGUUGAAGUUUCUGCUACUCUUGACGAGAUGCUGAUGAGGCGAAGACAAAAUAACAAGAAUCCACGCACAGUAUCCCCAAGUGAUGCUUGUUACGUUCUCUUUACCUCUGGAAGUACUGGAACCCCUAAAGGUUUCGUUAUGCAGCACCAGGCUCUCUGCACCAGUCAGACUGCUGUCGUCAAACGGCUCGGAAUGACAUCGGAUAUCAACGUCUUACAAUUUGCAUCAUACGUCUUUGAUAUGUCGAUUGGAGAGAUUGUCGGUCCAUGGAUUGCUGGUGCUUGCAUAUGUGUGCCAUCUGAAGAAAUUAGAAUGAAUGGACUUGCUGAGUAUAUACGCACGAUGGAUAUCAGUUGGGUAUAUUUAACGCCUUCAUUCUCUCGCACUUUAAUCCCGGAUGAUAUCCCUGGCGUCAAGUUGAUGCUUCUCGCUGGCGAGGCUGUGAGUCGCGAUGUAUUAGAGACCUGGUUUGGAAAGCUUCGUCUUAUCAAUGCAUGGGGCCCAGCUGAGACCUGUGUGUUCAGUACACUGCACGAAUUCGGAUCUCUUAAUGACUCCCCUUUAACGAUUGGCAGACCUGUUGGUGGUUUCUGUUGGCUUGUUGAUCCAGAGAAUCCUCAUCGCCUAGCACCCUUUGGAACCAUUGGUGAAGUGGUCAUCCAAGGACCGACAUUACUCAAAGAGUAUCUGGCAGAUCCAGCCAAGACCGAAUCAGCAACAGUUAAGCCUUUACCUAACUGGAUGCCCAAUCGCAGUUCGGACCAGUGGAAUCGCUUCUAUAAAUCUGGUGAUCUGUGUAAAUACAACUCAGAUGGAACGAUUGCAUUUGUUACAAGAAAAGACACUCAAAUCAAGAUCCGAGGUCUUCGAGUCGAGUUAGGCGAGGUGGAGCACCAGAUCAAAGCAUGUCUUGAUGGAGUUCAUCAAGUUAUGGUGGAUAAGAUUGACAACGAGGCCGGUGCAAGCCUAGUUGCCUUCUUUUGCUUCAAUACUGAGACAAAAAUUGUAAAUACAGCAGGCGGAGAUCCUACAAUGUUCCUCCCGAUCACAAGCCAAUUGAAGAGCCAAAUUGUUGGCAUGAUUGGACACCUGUCUGUGAACCUUCCAAGGUACAUGGUGCCGUCGUUAUUUAUCCCAUGCAGAUAUAUGCCAUCGAUCACUUCGACCAAGUUGGACAGGCGCACCUUGAAGCAUCAUGUCGAAAUGCUGGAUUCUGAGAGCCUGUCCAUUUAUUCGCUAGUUGACACUGUCAAGAAUCCACCAGAGACAGCAAUGGAGAGUAAGCUGCAAGCCAUUUGGGCGAAAAGGCUGAACAUGCCACUGGAGUCUAUUGGAAGAGAUGAUAGUUUCUUGCAAAUCGGUGGUGACUCCAUCUCUGUGAUACACUUUGUGGCCGAUGCUCGCCAAGCCGGAAUUUCACUCACUGUCAAAGACGUCUUCGAUGAUCCAAGAUUGUGGAAAGUAGCUGCUGUCGCCGACAAGAUGAACGGGGAUUCCAACGUGAUUUGUAGCAUUGCGCCUUUCGACCUACUUGAGCGACAUCAGACCGACUUAGCUAUGAGGGAGGAGCUGCUCAAGCAGUGCAAUCUGGCUAGCUGGGAUCUUGUUGAAGAUGCAUUCCCUUGCACCAAGCUACAAGAAGGGUUAAUGGCACUAACCGCGAAACAACCAGGAGCAUAUGUUGCGAAAAUGAUAUUCAAGGUUGCAAGAAAUACUGAUAUUGACCACUUUAAGGUUUCUUGGGAUCAAACUGUUGCUCUUUGUAACAAUUUGCGCACGAGAAUUGUUCAGCUCAGCAGUAUGGUAUCACUCCAAGUUAUUGUCAAAGAACCUGUGCAGUGGGAUUCAACGGACAAUCAGAACAUGGAUGAUUUCUUAAAGUCUGCGAGUAACAUCCACAUGUCCCAUGGGUCACCACUUUCCCGUCUCGCACUUGUCAAUGAUGACAAUGGCGAUCGCUAUUUUGUCUUCAUUACGCAUCAUUCAGUGUUCGAUGGGUGGUCCUUAGCUCUCGUGAUCAAGACAUUCCACUCAAUAUACCAUAAUACUGGAGUACCGACGCUGGGCUCGUAUUCCAGCUUCGUGCAGUACACGCUUCAACUUGACCUGAAUAGUUCGGAGCAAUACUGGAAAACGCAAUUAUCUGGGGCAAGACGGGCUUUGUUUCCUUUACCGAGAGAUGACUUUAUCAUCACCAACUCCGAAAGGAACAUAGGUGUCUGCGCAAGGGAAAUUAAAAUCGGAAAGUCAACUAAGGGGGCCAUUACCACAGCAACGUAUCUUCGCGCUGCUUGGGCGAUUCUUUUGGCACGAUACUGCAGUAUAGACGAUGUUUGCUUUGGUGCUUCGGUUUCUGGCCGAAAUGCUCCACUUGCAGGUGUAGAGAAUGUCCUUGGCCUGGUUAUUGCUACACUCCCCAUAAGAAUCCGGUUGAAUCCAGACCAGCUAUUGUCGGAAUUUCUUGGUGAUGUUCAGAGGCAGUCAACUGAAAUGGUGAUGCACGAGCAAUUUGGGCUACAGAAUAUAGCUAAACUCAGCUCAGAUGCCAAAGACGCCUGCAGCUUUACCAGUCUCAUGGUCGUCCAGCCAAAGGAACUAACAAGCGAGUUUGAUGGAGAUGAGGCAAUCCUUAUUUCCACAAGAGCAGAGCAGAGGCUCGCAUGGAAGUCCAUGGAAGACUAUUACAACUAUCCUCUCAAUCUCCAAUGCCACCUGGGCGAUGAUAGUACCGAGUUGGAGUUUGUCUAUGAUACAAACGUCAUUUCUGAAUCGCAGGUCGUAGCAUUAACUCAUCAGCUUGACCACGUCACCCAGCAGCUCGUAUCUCUAGGUAGAGAGAAGUUGCUUCGUGAUGUGGCCAUAGCAGGGCCUUGGGAUCUCCAGCAAAGUAUGAAGUGGAAUGACCACGAAGUUGUGAUCGAGGAGCACUGGUCUCUCACCUAUGCCGCUCUGGAGAAUCUUUCUGACCUCGUCGCUUAUCAGCUUUUGCAAUACAAUGUCCAGCCGGAAACAAUAGUGCCGUUUUGUAUGGAGAAGUCUAUAUGGGCCGUCGUCGCUAUGGUCGGUAUUUUGAAAGCUGGUGGUGCGUUUCUGCCACUUGAUCCUUCUCAUCCAGAGUCACGACGAUUGGCCUUGGUUCAGGAGGUCAAUGCCAAAGUGAUAAUUACUUCACCAUCUACGGCCCUAUCGUGUGAAGGAAUGGCUCAGCACACCGUCCAGGUUUCCUCCUCCCUGUUGGCACAUGCUCCCAAAACCACUAAAAGCUAUCGUGAACUGAACAAUUACAAGAAGCCUGAGUCUCACAAUGCGGCCUACGUCCUCUAUACUUCUGGCUCUACAGGAAAACCUAAAGGUCUGGUCAUGUCACACUCCGCCGCUUGCACUUCACUAUUGCGCCACCCUGAAAACUUCAGCAUCAACAAGUCGACGCGAACAUUCCAAUUCGCUGCCUACGUAUUUGACGUUUGCAUUUUGGACAUAUUCGGUUCACUCUUUGUCGGAGCCACCGUCUGUGUUCCCACAGAAACUGAGAGAGUGGGCAACACCUCACGAUUUAUGACCGAAGCUCAGGUCACUUGGACAAUGUUGACGCCAUCAUUUAUUGGAACGCUCGACCCUGAUACUCUUCCAACUCUACAAACCCUUUGCAUCGGUGGAGAGGCCCCCACAAGAGAUAUCUUGAGCAAAUGGCACGGGCGAGCAGAGAUUAUCAAUUCCUAUGGUCCUGCAGAGGCUUGUGUAGAUGUUGCCAGGCAUGUUUUCAAGUCACGAGAUGAUUCACCUACAAAUAUUGGACGUCCAUUUGCUCACAAACUUUGGAUCGUGGAGCCAAACAAUCACAAUCGCCUCGCUCCAAUUGGAUGCAUCGGCGAGUUAGUCAUUGAAGGUCAUGCAAUUGCACGUGGCUAUAUCAACAACGAAGAAAAGACAAAAGAGUCCUUUAUCGAUGACUUAGAAUGGUUACCCAGUGUUAUAUCCAGCGGUAGGCUUAGAGUCUAUAAGAGUGGUGACCUUGCAAGGUUCAACCCCGAUGGAACAAUUGAGUUCUUUGGGCGGCGGGAUACUCAAGUCAAGAUACGUGGCCAGCGUCUAGAACUCGGCGAGAUUGAGUAUAACAUCAAGGCCAAACUUGCAGAUGUGCAGCACACUGUAGUGGACCUCAUCGAGCGUGAAGCAGGCAAGAUGAUCAUUGCUUUUAUCACAUUCAAGAACUACUUGUGUGACACCAUGGCAGAUAUUGCCGACCCUUACGGCAACUUUAUCAAAGAUGAAAAACUCAUUUCUGCUUUCCAAGAUCUUAUUCUUGAACUGCGACGCGUAUUACCAAGCUAUAUGAUCCCAAGUAUCAUCUUCCCUCUCCGGGAACUUCCCUAUACAGCCUCGAAUAAGAUCGACAGAAGGACGCUGCGUGAACUUGCGACAAACAUGCCCCGCGAAAUGUUGUCAGAAUUUUCGAUAGCUGGCCAUGAUAAAGUAUCACCAACCACUGAAAUGGAGUUUAAACUUCAAAGUCUGUGGGCUCGGGUCUUGAACAUCGACGCUGAAGAAAUAUCUAAAUUCGACAGCUUUUUGGAAAUUGGUGGCGAUUCAAUUUCUGCAAUUUAUCUUUCGAAUCUUGCCGCAAAAGAGAAUGUACAACUUUCCAUCGCAACCAUUUUUAAAGACUCCCAAUUAGCCUCGAUGGCUGCCUCGAUGAUUAUUGGACACGAGAUGACUACUGACGUCCAACCGUUUAGUAUGAUCGAGGAGACACGGCGGGAGUCUCUAACUACUGCUAUUCGCCGACAAUGUCAGCUUUCAAGAGAACAAGAUCUUGAAGAUUUGUACCCUUGUACACCGCUGCAGGAAGGCCUCAUGGCUUUGACCGCCACACGGCCUGGCUCUUAUAUAGCCAAGCGGGUUUACAAGCUGGUAGAAAACAUUGACCUGGAUCGUUUCAGGAAAUCUUGGGAGCAAACCAUUACGGCUUGCAGCAACCUGAGAACAAGGAUUGUGUUGGACGGAGAUAUGUCGUUACAAGCUGUGGUGUCUCAUGAUACGUGCUGGGAUGAGACUGAUGCCCAAAACCUCAACGCUUACAUGGAUGAGAUUGAGAAUAUUGAUAUGACGUAUGGAUCUCGACUUUCGCGGCAUGCGAUAAUUAGCACUUCCAAUGGACCAACAUACUUUGUUUGGGUUGCGCAUCAUGCAAUUUUUGACGCCUGGACUAUGCAGAUCAAUAUGGACGUCCUUCAGCGUUCUUACGCCCAAGAUUUUCUCCCGACUCUUCGCCCAUUCGCAAACUUUGUCCAAUACGUCUCACAACUGGACCAGGAAGCGGCUAUGGAUUACUGGGCCGAGGAGCUAGAGGGUGCCCAAAGGGCUUCAUUCCCACCGCCAAAGCUCGUGACUCAAUCAGAGACGUCAGGAGCUCAGGGAAUCCAAAUUAUGAAGAGAAAAAUCGCAGUUCCAAGCCAAAUCAACUCCUCUAUAACAAAGGCUUCAGUACUUCGAGGCGCAUGGGCACUCGUCCUAAGUCUACACUCUGAGACUGACGAUGUCUGCUUUGGUACAACUAUGUCAGGUCGACAGGCGCCAGUUCAAGGCUUAAUUGACAUGGCCGGCCCUACAAUCGCCACAGUUCCUGUGAGAGUCCGCCUUGAUCGUACGCAGCGCGUGUCUGAGUUCCUGCAAAAUCUCCAGACCCAAGCCACUGAGAUGGUAGCUUAUGAACAGUUCGGCCUUCAAAAUAUUUCAAAGCUCAGUGCCAGUGCCAAGGACGCUACCGACUUCACUAGCUUGUUUGUUGUUCAGUCAAGUCAGACGCAACAUGCGGAAAAUCACGACAGAAAGCUUUUUACAUCUGAUUUGAAUGACGAGACAAAAUUGGAAACCUGGUUGGAAAGCUUUUUCAAUUAUCCCUUGACGAUAGAAUGUGAUCUGAUUGAGAACCACGCGAUUCUAACGCUGUACUACGAUGGAGAUAUACUGUCUGAUCACCAGCUUCAGGGUCUUUGCAAUCAGUAUGAGCAGAUUGUCCAACAGUUAAAUUCUCAAUACGAAGAGCCGCUCAACACUCUGUCGAUGACUAGCCAAUGGGAUAUUGAAUUCGCCCGUGCUGCUAACCCCAAUGCGCCUAAUGUUGUUGAUACCUGUAUCCAUACACUUAUCGAAGAACGAACAAAAAUAAGCCCGGAUUCUGCUGCAGUUUGUUCUUGGGAUGCUGAUUUCACUUAUUCCGAACUGGAUGAGAAUGCCAAUAGGCUGGCUAAUUAUCUGAUGAAUGUGUUGAAAGUGAAAGCUGGCGACCUAGUUAUGGUUUGCUUUGACAAAUCUGCCUGGUUUGUUGUGGCGAUCUUGGCUAUCAACAAGAUUGGUGCUGCUUGGGUGCCCAUUGACCCAUCACAUCCAACUGAACGUCACCAAAGCAUUGUCAAGCAAACUGGAUCAACUUUGGCUCUCUGCACGCCUUCGAAUUCGCUCAAGUGCAGCCAAUUAGUUGCAACAGUCCUUGAAGUGAAUGCGGAAUUCAUUUCCGAACUCCGAGGUAUUGAAGCAUAUGUAGGCAAACCCGAUGUGAAAGUCAGUCCUUAUGAUGUUUCAUAUAUCAUUUUCACAUCCGGAUCGACGGGAGUUCCCAAGGGUGUGGUCAUCCAGCACAGGGCCAUUUGUAGCAGCCAGGUUGCUCUGAGUCAGAGACUCGGUAUGCACGCUGGCGUUCGAAUGCUCCAAUUCUCCUCAUUUGUGUUUGAUGCCUCGCUUUUCGAAAUAUUGUCUCCACUCAUUUCAGGUGCUUGUGUUUGCAUCCCUUCGUGGGAUAUGCAAAUGAACUCAUUGCCCGCUUUUAUCCGGGAUACCAAUGUCACAUGGGCAUUUCUGACUCCCUCCCUUGCCGGUAUUCUUAGUCCUCAAGAUGUGCCUAGCUUAGAGCUUAUUACAGUUGGUGGUGAAGCUCCAAGCAAAGAGGUCUUCGAUAUUUGGCUUGGUAAAGUGCGACUGUUUAAUGUCUGGGGUCCUACCGAAACAACAGUUAUCGCUACAGUUCACGAAGUAAAAUCUACCUCUACCCAGGGAUCGCAUUUAACUAUCGGUCAACCGAUCUGCGGCAAUUGCUGGAUUGUUGACCCUGAAGAUCCAACUAAAUUGGCUCCUGUAGGAACUGUUGGUGAGAUAGUUGUCCAAGGACCGAAUUUGCUACGAGAAUAUCUUGCAGAUCCAGAGAAAACAGCUGCUGCCACCGUCACCUCCCUCCCACAGUGGACUCCAAAUCGUGAACUAUGGAAUCGGUUCUAUAGAAGUGGAGAUUUAGCCGUUUACAAUUCUGACGGCACUAUAAGGUACUGCAGCCGCAAAGAUGGACAAAUUAAAAUACGUGGCUUGCGUAUUGAGUUGGGAGAAAUCGAACACCACAUUCGCAAGAACAUGGAUACCCCGGGCCAAGUAGCUGUCGAAGCGCUCAGAAGCGAAGCUGGUACUAAUCUGGUUGCAUUCAUAUGCCGGAAUAGUGAUACUAUUCCAGCCAGCAUGACCAAUAACAUAACCAGCGAAGAUAUCGUCCUUCCUUUGACCGACGAGCUGAAAAGCAGCUUGGGAGCCCUGCGAAGUUCUUUAAUAUCUUCUCUACCUGGCUAUAUGGUGCCAACCUUCUUUGUUCCCUGCAAGAAGAUGCCACUAGUGACGUCCUCCAAAUUGGACAGAAAAUCCCUGCUUCGCCUUGCCGCUACACUAGAUGUGCAAUGUCUUGAGCAGUAUUCGUUAUGUGCAGUGAACGAGGUCAAAUCUAAGCCAGAGACAAAGAUGGAGCAGGAUCUGCGGGACAUUUGGGCGGAAGUCUUGAAGAUACCUGUUCAGUCAAUUGGCAGACACGACAGCUUCUUGGCAAUUGGUGGUGAUUCUAUUGCGAUUAUUCGACUCAUUGCCUUGGCUCGCGACUAUGGUAUUGAGCUUCGAGCUAGCGAUAUCUUUAAAGAUUCUCGGCUGUCCUCUGUUGCUCUCCAAGCGGUGUCUAUCGCCGUCGCUGAGAAGCAUACCGAAAUAGCAAAUCCAUUCAGCCUUUUGCAACCACGAGUUCGAGAUCAUCUCUUAACGGCACGAAUGAGGAAGGAGCUUAAUUUAACCCAUUCGAUGGACCUUGAAGAUGCAUAUCCUUGCAGCAACCUGCAGGAAGGUCUCAUGGCCCUGGCUGUGAAGCAACCUGGAUCGUAUAUCACGAGCUUUCACUAUCGCUUAUUAGGCCAUGUAGAUGCCUCCGACUUCAAAAGAGCCUGGGAGAAAACGGUGCAACUAUGUGCCAUUCUUCGAACCAGGAUUAUCCACCUCAAUGGCUCGUCAAUCCAAGUAGUGAUUAAUGGCGAUACUUGGGAUAAUACAGACGGUAUGACCGUGGCUUCUUAUCGCCAGUCAAUUCAAGAUGUAGAAGCCGAAUACGGGUCUCGCCUUUGCCGUUACGCGUUGAUUCGAGAGAAGAGUAACGAGAUACAUUUCAUCUGGACUAUGCACCACGCGAUAUUUGAUGGUUGGUCUAUCCGAGUUUGUCUUGACACACUUAAUAGCAUGUAUAAAGGAAUCAACGUUACACCAUUGACGCCCUAUUAUCGAUUCAUCCAAUACACCAUGGAUAUCAACUCCCGGUCCGCUUCUGAUUACUGGGCUGAGCAGCUUCGUGAUGCUAAGAAAGCCUCCUUUCCUCCCGAUGCCAGUAAAGAUCGACUAGAUCAUUCGAGCGGCGUUCGAUCUAUGGUUAUGGAUAUUGACCUUCCUGAAUUAAACAUACCAGGCGUCACAAGAGCUACAGUUCUCCAAGCGACGUGGGCUGUUCUUCUUGCACGCUAUUGCGAUAGCGACGAUGUCUGCUUUGGCACAACGAUAUCAGGGCGACAAGCCCCGAUGCCUGGGAUAAUAGAUAUGCCGGGCCCAGCGAUUGCAACCGUCCCCAUGAGAAUUCGAGUCGAUCAGCAGAAAUCGGUCACUAGAUUCCUGAGCCAAGUGCAGGAACAAGUCCUGGCGAUGGUGGAAUUUGAACAGUUCGGCCUACAAAACAUUCGCAAACUGAACAGAGAUGCCAAAGACGCCUGCGAGUUCUCUAGCUUAUUAGUUAUGCAGCCGAAAGAAGCUCUGGAUCCUUUAAGCGAUGACGAUGCAAUUCUCACUUCAGUUGAUCAGAAACUUAGCACUGGUGAAUAUGCUCUUCAAAAUUACUUUAGCUAUCCACUCGUUAUUCAGGGACACCUGCAUGAUGACGCCACCGAACUUGUUCUCAUCUACAACACCGCAGUCCUAUCCGAAGAGCAAAUAAUGGCAUUGUCACAUCAGUUUCAGCAUAUAGCUAAGGAAUUUGUCCUAGGCCUGCAGUCGGAUGUUGGAGCUAUCACGAUUGCUUCUGCGUGGGAUCAUGAAAAGGCUGUCUCGUUCAAUCCCGAGAUGCCAGAGGUAGUAGAAGACUGCUUCCAUCAACUUUUUGAAUCACAAGCUUCAGAGACCCCUCAUGCCAUGGCAAUCUGCGCUUGGGAUAGGAGCCUCACAUAUGCUGAGCUGGACAACGCAGCCAACCGCUUAGCACAUUAUCUAAUGGCUCAGCACGCGGUCAAAUUGGAUGAACUCAUCCACGUAUGCUUCGAUAAGUCAGCUUGGUUCUUUGUAUCAAUUUUAGCUAUUAACAAAGCCGGUGCUGCAUGGGUUCCUCUCGAUCCAUCUCAUCCUCCAGAGCGACUUCGCCAAAUUGUUACACAAACAAAAGCCCAAGUGGUACUGACAUCAGAAUCUCAUGCGGUGCUAUGCAGCGGACUUGUGCCGCUGGUGAUUGAGGUUUCAGAAUCUCUUGAUCGGCAAUUAUCAAGCAAUAGGGGAUAUAGCUCAAGCUCACCGGUCACCAAGGUGUCACCCAAUAAUGCAGUAUACGUCCUGUUUACAUCCGGCAGCACUGGCAUCCCGAAGGGUCUUGUCAUGGAACAUCGGUCUGUCUGCAGCAGUCAGAAAGCGAUUAUUAAGCGACUGAACCUUCACUCUAACGUCAGGAUGCUCCAAUUUGCGGCAUUCGUGUUCGAUCUCUCAAUAGGAGAAAUAAUUGCACCACUUAUAUCGGGCGCCUGCGUCUGUGUUCCUUCGGAGCAGGCCCGUAUGAAUGAUAUUGCAGGCUUUAUUCGAGAGACCGGUGUGACCUGGGCUUACCUUACACCCUCUUUCAUUAGAGUCUUAAAACCAGAGGAUGUCCCUACCCUCGAGCUGCUUCUCCUUUGUGGGGAGGUAACUCCCCGAGAUGUCUUUAACACUUGGGUGGGCAAGGUCCGAUUUAUCAGCGGCUGGGGCCCAGCUGAGACAUGUGUCUUCAGCACCCUGCAUGAGUGGAAGUCAAAUACCGAAUCAUCAUUGACUAUAGGCAAGCCCGUCGGAGCAUUCUGCUGGAUCGUUGACCCCGAGCGCCCUGAUCAGUUGGCUCCCAUUGGAACUGUUGGAGAGGUUAUGUUACAAGGUCCAACACUUCUGCGUGAGUAUCUUGACGACCCUGAGCGGACAAGGUCAUCUGUCAUUACAUCACUGCCCAAUUGGGCAUUGCAAAGAGCACCUCAAUGGGCACGCUUCUACAAAUCGGGUGAUCUGGCUAUGUAUAACCCGGACGGAACUAUCGAGUUCUGCAGCCGCAGAGAUACUCAAGUAAAGAUUCGUGGUUUACGAGUUGAACUUAGUGAGGUUGAACAUCGAAUUCGUGAGAGCUUGGAAGGCAUUCGUCAAGUUGCUGUGGAUGUAUUAACUUCUGAUGGCGGCUCCAACUUGGUCUCAUAUCUCUGCUUCAGCGAAGAGAUUCGUUCAUCGUCAGACGCACAGGCUAAUCUAGGUGACAUUUUCUUGCCACUUACCGCUGAGUUUCAACCGUUACUUGCCGCAAUGAUAGGUCAUCUGAAGGUGAUCCUUCCUAAUUAUAUGAUACCUACUUUUUUCAUCAUGUGCAAAUACAUGCCUUCUUUCACGUCCACGAAGCUCGAUAGGAAGGCUCUUCGUCAGAUGGUAUCUCUGCUUAGCCAUGACCAAAUAUCGAUGUAUUCACUCCUGGAUAGCAACAAACGCCCCCCGGGGACGGCGAUGGAACGAAAGCUCCAAUCAAUUUGGGCGUCCAUCCUAAGAAUACCUGUCGAUUCUAUUGGUCGCGAUGAUAGCUUCUUACAGAUUGGUGGAGAUUUGAUUUCUGCCAUACACCUCGUGUCUAAAGCAAGAGCUGAUGGCAUUUAUCUAAACGUGAAGGAUGUUUUUGACGAUUCAAGGCUGCUCAUGGUUGCAUCGAAGGCAAUUCUCAGCGACAACAUCGAAAAAGCGAACGAAAUCAUAUCGCCAUUUAGCCUUCUGCCAGAGUUGACUAGAGAUGCAAUCAUCAGGCAAGCGGCUGAUCAAUGCGAUAUCUCACAAAAUGCCAUUGAAGAUGCAUACCCAUGCACAUCUUUGCAAGAGGGUCUUAUGAACAUAACUAUGAGACAGCCAGGCGCUUAUGUAGCCAAAUACUGCUUUCGCUUGGCAGAAAAAGUUGACGCUCUGCGUUUUAUUUCAGCUUGGGAUCGAACUGUCGAAUGGAAUGACGAAGAGAAAACCUUGUUGCCCGUCCACAGCCAACGAGGUCUCGAUAUUGAUUACGGCUUGCCACUCUGUGGGUAUUCUCUGAUUGACCAUGGUGGUGCCAAAUACUUUUGUCUCAAGUUGCAUCACUCGAUCUUCGAUGGUUGGUCGCUUCGGUUGAUCAUGGGUAGUUUACACUCCAAUUACGAUGCAACAGAUGUCUCUCCGCUCCAUUCAUAUUCUAGGUUCGUCAAGUACAGCCUGAAUAUGGACCACGCUGCAUCUGCCAAAUUUUGGAGAGCUCAGCUGGAGGGUGCAAAAUCAGCAGCUUUUCCAAUGGGGAGCGAAGGACAUCUAAACGACUCAAAGCGGCAAAUGAAGCUUCAGACAACUUCAGUUAGCCUUAAACAGCUAGCCAAUAGCUACAUCACCAAAGCAACAGUCAUCCGAGCGGCAUGGGCAAUUGUGCUGGCAAGAUACAAUAAUGUGGAUGAUAUCUGUUUUGGUUCCAGUGUCUCUGGUCGCCAUGCUGAAGUUGCUGGCAUAGAGUCCAUCCCCGGUCUCGUGGUCGCCACGGUCCCCGUUCGUAUUCGAAUAGACAGUCAGAAAGCUGUGUCAACAUUCCUAGAAGAUAUACAGUACCAAGCUGCUGAUAUGGUUCCCCAUGAGCAUUUCGGGCUGAAGAAUAUCUCAAAUCUCAAUGACGAAGCUAAGGCUGCUUGCGCAUUCAAAACUUUAUUUAUUGUUCAGCCAGUUCAACAAAUGAGCCAUGAGAGUAAUUUGUUCGACCUUACGACAGAAAUUGAGGGAAGCAGCAAGGAAGAAAUGCUUCAGAAUUACCUGAACUAUCCUCUUGUUGCCCAAUGCAUGCUGUCUGAUGAUAGUGUUGACCUUGAUUUGUAUUGUGAUCUAUCCGUGAUUGCAGAGCACCAGUUACAGGGCCUUUUGCACGCAUUCAAGCAUGUGACUGAGCAGUUGCUCACCGCAAAUGACCUGCUCUUGUCUCAAAUCUCAGUUGAGGCACCUUGGGAGCAUGACUUCGCGGCUUCAGCUAAUGGCAUCCCUCCUGUGGCCAUUAAACAAUGCAUACAUUCUCUUAUUGAAGAAGAAGCAAAGAAGCACCCGGAAUCUUACGCUAUUCAGGCAUGGGAUGCUGAUUUUACCUACCAGCAACUGGAUAUCUGUGCAAAUAGGUUAGCCAACUAUCUUAUCAGCAGCCUUCAUGUUAAAAUUGGCGAUAUUGUUCAUGUCUGUUUCGACAAGUCAGCCUGGUAUAUUGUGGCUAUUUUAGCAAUUAACAAAGCUGGCGCAACCUGGUCGCCGCUUGAUCCCACCCACCCCGUUCGGAGAUAUCAGCAAAUUAUCUCACAAACUGGCUCCUCAUUAAUCUUGACCUCUCCAACAAAUGCUUCAAAAUGCGCAACUUUGGCAGAUUCAAUCUUAGAGAUAUCAUCCGGUCCUUAUGAGACUUUGGUGAAAGAUGUAACUGAGCGCCGACCUGAUGUCGCUGUAGCGCCAGAAGAUGCUGCCUACAUAUUAUUCACUUCUGGAACAACAGGUGUACCCAAGGGCGUCGUUAUUGAACAUCAGUCACUGUGUACAUCCCAGACGGCCCUGGCUCAGAGGGUGGGUUUUACAAACGAUACCAGAAUGCUCCAGUUUGCCUCGUUCGUCUUUGAUGCAUCAGUACUUGAGAUUAUUGCACCCCUCGUCAUGGGUGGUUGCGUAUGUAUGCCAUCUUGGGACGAACAGAUGAACGAUUUGGCUGGGUUUAUAGCCAGAGCUUCCGUAAAUGCAGCAUUUGCCACACCAACUGUUGCUCGCAGCUUAAGGCCAGAAGAGAUACCUGGCGUUGAGAGGCUUGUUGUAGGUGGUGAGGCUGCAGCUUCAGAUAUUCUCGAAACAUGGAUUGGAAAGCUACGACUAUUUAAUGCUUGGGGCCCGACGGAGAUAUGCGUUGCCGGUUCCGUACAUGAGUGGAAGGACAUGAACGAAUCCCCAAUGACUAUUGGGCGGCCUAUUUUAGGCAAUUGGUUCAUUGUAGACCCAAAUAAUCCCAUGCGAAUGGUUCCCACAGGAUGUGUCGGCGAGAUUGUAUACCAAGGACCAACUGUCUUCAGAGAAUAUUUGGCCAAUCCAUCCCAGACCCAAGAGGUUAUAGUAUCGUCGCUCCCGCCUUGGGCACCUAAUCGCGAUAUGAGGGAUUGGAGUCGAUUCUACAGAACGGGUGACUUGGGACGUUACAAUCCAGACGGCACAAUGGAAUAUCUUGGUCGAAAAGAUACUCAAGUCAAAAUUCGUGGCCUUCGUGUAGAGCUCCAUGAAAUCGAACAUCAAAUAUUUGCCCACCUUCCUAGGGUUCGUCAAGUUGCUAUUGAUGUUAUGAAACGGGAGGAGACAUCUCAUCUGGUGGCUUAUUAUUGUUUCAGUAAUGAUACUCUCCCAUCACAUCUGGCAGUUGAUGAUGCAGGCAAAGGCGUGUUUUUGCCUUUACGGGUUGAGGCUAUGCCUCAGAUUCAGGAUCUGAUUGCUCAUCUAAAGGGGGUUCUUCCACCUUAUAUGGUCCCGAGCACUUUUAUCCCCUGCAACUUUAUGCCAAUUGCAACAUCGACUAAACUGGACCGGAAAUUACUUAUCCAAAUGGCUACAUUGCUUUCCCGAGAAGAAUUUGAAGCAUAUUCGCUGGUUGAUAGUAGCAAACGCACUCCAGAAACGCCUAUGGAGAUAAGAUUGCAGCAGCUCUGGUCUGGCAUUUUGCAUAUUCCAGCGGAAUCAAUUGGAAGAGAUGAUAAUUUCCUCCAAAUUGGAGGCGAUUCUAUGUCCGUCAUCCAACUCGUCUCCACUGCUCGUGAGAAUGGAAUUAUUAUUAGUGCCAGGGACAUUUUUCAUGAUGCUCGGCUUCUCAGUGUAGCCGAGAGAGCUCAAAGCAUUAUCGGAGAUGACCAGGAUUUCAGCCCUAUACAACCAUUCAGCAUGUUAGACCAACCUAACUUAGACUCGCUUCUUGCCGAUGAUACCAAAUCUGUCAUGGGAUUGCGCGAUGACAUGACCAUUGAAGACGCGUACCCUUGUUCAAAGCUUCAAGAAGGACUGAUGGCAUUGGCCAUCCAAAAACCAGGAUCAUACAUUGCCAGGUUCCAUUAUCGUCUCUCUGAGUCGGCAAAUAUGGACUCAUUCAAGUCUGCGUGGAAUAAAACAGUUGAUAUGUGCCCUAAUUUGCGAACUCGGAUCAUGCACGUUGACGGCUGCUCUAUUCAGACGGUGAUCAAAGAUGAUAACGAGUGGGAUUCGCUGGGUACGCAAUCUCUGGAUGACUACCUUGAGUCCUUGCAGGACAUUAAUAUGCAAUACGGCACCAAGUUAUGUCGCUAUGCACUCAUUUCUCAUCAUGAUGGUGUUCAUUUCAUCUUGACAAUGCAUCACGCAGUAUUCGACGGAUGGACGAUGCGCUUGGUACUUGAAACACUGGAGAAUAACUAUAAAGGGAUUCGAGUCAAUGAACUGAAACCGUUUUCGCGCUUCAUCGAAUAUACUCUAAAUAUUGAUCACCAAUUGGCAAGCGAAUAUUGGCUUGGUCAGCUUAAUAACGCAAAGAAGGCCAGCUAUCCGAACAGACUGGCUUCGAGUGAGCAACCUGCUGGCUCCAAUAGUACCGGGAAUUUCGAAUGCGAGCUACUGAUGCCUAAACUUUCUGCCAAUAUCACAAAGGCAACAAUUCUACGGGCUGCCUGGGCGAUCGUGCUCGCUCGCUAUUGUGAUGCGGAUGACAUUUGCUUUGGUACAACUGUCUCGGGUCGUCAAGCGCCGGUCACUGGAUUAGCGGAAAUGCCUGGUCCAGCCAUUGCAACGAUUCCUGUUAGGAUUCACUUGGAUCGCCAAAAAGAUAUAUCUGAAUUUUUGGAGGAUAUUCAAGCACAGGCAUCUGAAAUGGUUGCAUAUGAGCAAUUUGGUUUGCAUAAUAUCGCCAAGUUGAGUGAUGAUGCGAAAGACGCUUGUGACUUUUCCAGCCUACUCGUGAUCCAGCCCAGACAAAUUUUGUCGAGUGUUAACGGGGAUGAUCAGGCUCUUCUUGUUGCACAGUCUGAUGAUUCAGCAGGCGAAUCAUUAGAGAGCUAUUUCACUUAUCCUCUCGUCAUUCAAUCCCACUUGCAUGAAACUGGUGACAAGCUCGUUUUCAUAUACAAGAAGCUUGCUAUUUCUGAACAGCAGCUUGUUACACUCUCAAAUCAGUUAAAGCACGUUAUUUCUCAGCUCUUACGUCCUAAGCUAUUAUUAAAGGACCUCUCCAUUACAUCUGAGUGGGAUGUUGAGCAGUCUAUGAGAUUUAACCCAGAGGUACCAGAAAUCAUGGACACUUGUGUCCACACACUUAUCGAAGCCCAAGCUCAUCGUGAACCUAACGCGCUAGCAAUCUCUGCUUGGGAUGGAGAUUUGACGUACAGACAACUUAACGAGUCUGCAAAUCGACUUGCUCACUAUCUUGUCAAGAACUACAAUGUCCAACCAGAUACCCUCAUUCACGUCUGUUUCGAAAAGUCGGUUUGGCAUUUCGUUGCUAUCGUCGCAAUUAACAAAGCGGGUGCUGCAUGGGUUCCAUUAGAUCCUUCUUAUCCAGAGCAGAGGCUACGACAAGUGAUAAGCCAAACGCGCUCUACGUUGGUAUUGACAUCAUCCCGUAAUGCAAAGCUCUGCUCGAACCUUAUCAACAACGUUCUACGAAUUGAUGUUGAACUCGACAAGAGAUUAAUUAUGACCGAAGAUGGCCACAAAGGCCCAACUGUUGCUGUAACUCCCCGACAUGCGGCAUACGUGCUCUUCACUUCUGGAAGUACCGGGAAGCCAAAGGGCCUGGUAAUGGAACACCGUGCCGUUUGUACGAGCCAAACAGCUAUUGCAAAGCGGCUGAAUUUGACAUCUGAUGUCCGGAUGCUUCAGUUCGCUGCUUUCGUAUUCGAUCUCUCUAUUGGUGAGAUUAUAGGGCCUUUAAUCUCAGGUGCCUGUUUAUACAUACCAUCGGAAGAGACAAGAAUGAAUGGCCUAAAACAAUACGUCAAUGAAACGAGGGUUAACUGGGCGUAUCUUACACCUGCUUUCGUAAGAACUUUUGUUCCCGAGGAUAUGCCCGGCCUGGAGCUGUUGCUGUUAGCCGGUGAAGCUGUCCCCCGGGAGGUGCUAUCCACCUGGUUUGGAAAGAUCCGUCUCGUCAAUGGCUGGGGCCCUGCUGAAACUUGUUGCUUCAGCACCCUCCAUGAAUGGUCCUCUGUGGAUGAAUCGCCACUUGUUGUUGGUCGGCCUGUCGGAGGAUUUUGUUGGAUUGUGAACCCAGAUGAUCCUCAGAAACUCACACCGACUGGUACACUAGGCGAAAUUGUUAUACAAGGUCCUACAAUCCUACGCGAAUACCUUGCUGAUGUCGAACGCACCAAAGAUUCAACUGUAUACGCUCUUCCAAAAUGGGCGCCUCGGCCAGACUCAGAGCACUGGAAUAGGUUUUACAAAUCUGGUGACCUUGGCUACUACAAUCCUGAUGGCACCAUAGUUUUCAGUAGCCGCAAGGACACGCAAAUCAAGAUCCGCGGAUUGAGGGUUGAAUUAGGCGAAGUCGAACAUUAUAUACACGAAACACUAGAAGGCGUAUGCCAAGUCGUCGUUGACGUCUACCAAAAGGAAGGCCGGUCCAACCUCGUGGCAUAUAUCUGCUUCAACGAUGAGAUGAAGAAUCCAUCUGCCGAUGAAGAAUUCACUGCAGCUGCUUUAUUUGCAUCUAUUACGGAUGAUAUGCGCCAGAGAAUCGCUAUUAUGCUAGGGGAACUAAGGAUUACAUUACCGCAAUACAUGAUCCCUACCCUAUUCAUCCCCUGCAACUUCAUGCCAUCCAUCACAUCUACCAAGCUAGAUAGAAAGACUUUACGCCUUCUGAUGGCUUCCCUGGAUGACCAACAGCGCGCUCCAUACAAUCUUCUCAACACCCAGAAACGCGAGCCCGAAACUGAGAUGGAAAUUAUACUACAGAGGCUUUGGUCCGAGGUUUUAAGCGUUCCUGUGAGCUCUAUUGGUCGAGACGAUAGUUUCCUACAAAUUGGUGGAGACUCAAUUUUAGCCAUUCAAUUAGCUUCUAAGGCUCGGGAAAUGGGAAUUUCUUUCCAAGUAAAGGAUGUGUUUGACGACCCGAGACUGAUGGCACUGUCUUCGAAGGCUACGAAUACUACAUAUCAGGCUGAGACAGAAGUGACGCCAUUCAGCAUGCUAUCUGAUGAUCUCAAAAACGAAAUUCUCAGUGAUGACAUUCGCAGCCAAUGUUGUCUGUCUGCCGAGCAUGUUAUCGAAGACGCCUAUCCAUGCACUUCGCUGCAGGAGGGUCUGAUGGCCCUGACUGCUAAGCAACCCGGAUCUUACAUCGCAAAUUAUGUUUUCCGACUUCCUGAUCAUGUCAACAUUCCUCGCUUUAUGGCCGCUUGGGACCAGAUGGCUGAGAUUUGUUCUAACUUACGGACUAGGAUUAUUCAUCUGAACGGAGUGUCCAUCCAAGUAGUUGUUCGAGGUGGCAGCCAGUGGAAGCCUAUAGAGGAUCAGGCAUUAUCGUCUAUUCUUGAGUCAUCUAAAAAUCUCAAAAUGACCUAUGGAACGCCUUUAUCUUCGUGUGUUAUCAUAUACGAAAACGACACACCUUAUUUUGUGUGGUCAGCUCACCACUCCAUCUAUGACGGCUGGACGAUGCGAAUCAUAUUCAGCACAUUGUAUUCGGCCUACUACCGCGAUACCAUACUUCCCGUUAGACCGUAUUCUUCCUUCCUCGAUUACUACUCGAAAUUGGAUACCAAAAAGGCCACAGACUUCUGGAUGGAGGAGCUAGCUGGGGCCAAGCGGGCAGAAUUUCCGUCUACCCAACGCGCUACCUCUUCUGCUAUGACUGAUGUCUAUCAUUCAAGCGUUGCUCUUCCAAACUCACUUGAUCUUUCUGUUACGAAAGCCACAGUUGUGCGCGCAGCCUGGGCACUAGUCCUUGCCCGGUAUUGCGAUAGCAAUGAUGUAACGUUUGGUACUACCGUCUCAGGCAGACAAGCCCCAGUCCAAGGGGUUGAGUCCAUCGCCGGGCCUAUGAUUGCAACUGUUCCAGUUCGUGUUAGACUUGACAAACAGGCCUCAGUAUCUCAGUUCUUAAGCGAUGUUCAAUCACAAGCAUCUUCUUUAAUUCCUUUUGAACAGUUUGGUCUUCAGAAUAUCGCCAAGCUAAGUCCAGAUGCAAAGGAGGCCUGUGACUUUUCUAGUCUCCUUGUCAUUCAGCCGCCAGUACAUGACCCUUCCGGGGGAGAUGAUGGAAAAGCUCUUCUUUUGCAAAGCGAUAUUGAGCAAGAAGAGACAGAAAAGGCUAUGCAAGGCUAUUUCAACUACCCUCUUGUCAUCAUUAGCAGCAUUGGAGAGCGUGCUAUCCAGCAGCGGCUAUUCUAUAACUCAGCAGUUCUCACCAAGCUUCAGAUGGAAGCAUUAUCGCAUCACAUGGAACACGUUAUGCAACAACUUUUGAAAAACAGCGGCAUGCAGAAGGAUAUCUCUUUGAUCGACUCUUGGGACCUUCAGCAAGCCAUCGAUGCAUCUCGUCUACGCCCUGCUACAGAGUCAUGUACACAUUGGCUGAUUCAAGACAAGAUCAAAGAACAGCCUGAAGAAACCGCUAUUACAUCUUGGGAUGGUGAUCUCACUUAUGUCCAACUUGGGGUUCAUGCCACUUGUUUAGCGGCCAAGCUACAGGAUCUUGGUGUUGGGCCCGAGUCACUGGUUCCUAUAUGCUUCCAUAAAUCCAAGUGGGCAGUGGUCUCUAUGGUCGCUGUUCAAAUGGCAGGUGGUGCUUUCAUUCCUCUUGACCCUGGCGCUCCGCCAGCAAGAUUGCAGGGCAUUCUACAGGACACAGGAGCUGCAUUGGCCAUUUCUGACCCGUCUAGUCAAGCAACAUUACAAUCCCUGGGUGUAGAAGUCAUCACUGUGGAUAAUGAAACUAUAUCCAAGCUGCCUAGCUCGGUUGCUCUACAAUGCGAGGUGCAACCUGCCAACGCCAGCGUUGUCCUGUUUACAUCUGGCAGCACAGGAAGGCCCAAGGGCAUGAUCAUUCAACAUAACAGUCUCUGUUCAUCUAGUGAUGCCUAUGGAUCUGACCUGAAUAUCGGACUUGGCACGCGAGUGUUCCAGUUCUCGGCGUAUACUUUUGACGUUGGUGUUUUAGAUUGCCUUGUGUCGCUUAUGAGAGGUGCCUGUAUUUGCAUUCCUUCAGAUCAUGAUCGCCUUAAUAACCUUGCGGCUGCUAUUACUGCAUCUCAAGCUACUUGGGUUUUCCUUACGCCAACUGUUGCCGAUCUACUUCAUCCAGUGGCCGUACCUACCUUGAAAACCGUCUGUCUUGGUGGCGAAGCUAUAAGCAAGAAAUGUGCUGAGAGAUGGGUUAACCAUGUGGAUCUUCAUGGACUUUACGGCCCAGCAGAGGCAUCAAUUUGUGCAUGGAAUUCUAUGGUAGGGAAAUUCGGGCGCUCAACAAAUCUUGGACAUCCGAUUUCUAGUGCUUUUUGGGUUGUUGAUGUCAAUGACCCCAAGUCUCUCGUGCCACUCGGCUGUAUUGGCGAGCUUCUCAUUGAGGGCCCCAUGCUUGCUCGGGGUUAUCUAAAUGUGUCAGCCGACAUCGCCGCCAACUGGAUGGAAGGAGUUGAUUGGCUCCCUGGCAGCAAUCAACCAAGAAGAAUUUAUCGUACGGGUGAUCUGGUACGACGGAACGCAGAUGGAACUUUUGAUUACAUUGGUCGUAAAGAUACGCAGGUCAAGCUCCAUGGUCAACGUGUUGAGCUGGGAGAAAUUGAGGCUUGGGUUAACGAGUUCCUACCCAGUAACAUGGCUGCCAUUGUGGAUGUUGCGAAGGACAAUGAUGGUCCUGAUUCUUUAUUGGCCUUCCUUUGGUACACUGAGGAAGCAUCUAAUUCACCAGCUCGCCUCAUGGAUGUUGUCUCUGAUGAAGCACGGGCCGCCAUCUUGCACCUAGAUACAUCUUUGAGCACGAUUUUACCUCCAUACAUGAUUCCUUCAUCUUACCUUCUAUUCGGUGGCAAGCCAGAACAAACUGUAACGGGCAAGAUCAAUCGAAAAUCUCUUACCAGCCAAGCCCAGCAUAUUACCGCUCAAGACCGUCUACGCUUUGCUCCUGAUACCAGCUUCCGCGUCCUACCUACUACACCUAUGGAAUUUAAGUUGAGGGAGCUUUGGGCUCAAGUUCUCCCUAUCAGCCCAGAGGAUAUUUGCAAGAAUGAUAGCUUCUUACGACUUGGCGGCGACUCGAUAUCCGCUAUCCAGCUGGUGUCUAAGGCUCAACUGCAAGGACUUAGCCUGACAGUUGCUAUCGUUUUCCGAAGUCCUCGACUGGAGCAAAUGGCUGCUGCUAUGACAGAGGAUGAUUCAAAUUCAUACGAUGAGAUUCAGCCAUUUGGCAUGCUUCCGAUUAAGGAAUCUGAUGUGAUUUUGGCUGAAGCUCAAGCACAAUGUUCGUUGCCUCUCAAGUCCGUCAUUGAAGAUGCCUACCCUUGCACCAAGCUUCAAGAGGGUUUAAUGGCGUUAUCUGUCAAGCAACCUGGCAGUUACAUUGCCAAAUACCUCUAUCGCCUCCCCGCUCACGUUGAUUUGGCUCGAUUGAAGUCAGCGUGGAAACAAACUAUCGUCUUGGACCAAAGUUCUAGCUGGGAGCCGCUCCAAUAUCAGGAUUUACGAUCUGUUCUGCAAUACGCUAAAACUAUGAACAUGAGUUACGGCACACCACUGUGCCAGUUUGCGUUCGUUGAAGACGAACAGGAAAAUGUAUUCUUCUUCUGGGCUAUGCACCAUACGAUUUUUGACGGUUUAUCUACUCAAGUUAUUCUCAACAUCCUACACAAGGCUUACCUAGGCGAUGAAGUUCCCGUCACAACACCUUAUUCGCGAUUCAUUCACUAUCUUCUUCAGACAGAUAGUGAGGCUGCCUCUGCGUAUUGGAGAGAUCUACUACAUAAUGCUAAUCAUGCGCCAUAUCCUCCUCUACAAAACACACAUGAUAAGCCUGCGGUAACAUCCGUCUUAGAGACUUCGAUUGGCUUCAUCGAUACUAAAGAGCUCAAUGUCACGGUUGCAACCGUUGUUCGAUCCGCUUGGGCCAUGGUCCUUGCUAGGUAUUGUGAUACAGACGAUAUCUGCUUUGGUACCUCCGUCUCUGGUCGCCAAGCUCCUGUCCCUGGAAUUGUUACCAUGGUAGGACCGGCAAUUGCAACUGUUCCGGUUCGAAUCCAGAUAGACCGUCAACAGUUUGUAUCAGAAUUUUUAGACGGUGUUCAAGAGGCGGCAGUAGAAAUGAUUCCAUACGAACAAUUUGGUCUGCAAAACAUCUCAAAGCUCAGCCAGGAUGCCCAUGAGGCAUGCCAGUUCUCAAGCUUGUUAGUAAUUCAACCAAUGAGCCACAUUUCUAAUAGUGAAAAGAGCAAGACUUUGCUAGUCGCUGCAGAUACGACUGAAGAAGGGCUUUCGGAUACUCUGGCAAACUUUUUCAGCUACCCUCUCAUUGUACAAGGUCACGUUUAUGAUGACGAAUUAAGAGUCGCAAUGGCCUAUGAUGGAAAUAUUUUGACUGAAAGUCAAGUGCAAACAUUAUCUGACCAACUUGGCCACGUCAUCCGCCAACUCACAUCCAGUGGUGCCGUUACCCUUGAUGACAUUUCAAUAGCAUCCUCCCAUGAUUUGGAAUUGGCUAUUGCUUCGAACAGUGUUAUACCUGCGGUCGUCGAUUCAUGUAUCCACGAACUGAUCGAUGCCCGAGCCCAGAUCUCUCCCGAUGCACCAGCAAUCUCAGCCUGGGAUGCGGAACUUACAUAUAGCCAGUUGAUUGCGGCUUCAAACAGGCUUGCAUACCAUCUCAUUCACACUCAUGGUGUAAAACCCAACGACCUCGUCCAUGUAUGCUUUGAGAAGUCCGCUUGGUUCUUUGUGUCGAUUAUUGCGAUUAAUAAAGCCGGUGCUGCUUGGGUGCCUUUAGAUCCCUCUCAACCUGAAGAGCGAUUACUCCAGAUCGUCCAUCAGACAGAGGCCCGGACGGCAUUAGUAUCGCCCAAGAAUACGACACUGUGCACUAAACUAGUCGAAAAUGUAAUAGAGGUCACGGCUCAACUUGACAGACAAUUGAGUUUAUCUGUGUCGAAGUUAUACGCGCCUCAUCUGGCUGUAUCGCCUUAUAGUACCGCUUAUAUCAUUUUCACUUCAGGGAGCACCGGAACGCCGAAAGGUGUCGUUAUGACACACAUAUCUUUAUGUACUAGCCAAACCGCUUUGGCCGAGAGACUUGGCAUGACCUCAAGUGUGAGAAUAUUGCAAUUUUCCGCUUUCGUUUUUGACAUGUUCGUUGGCGAGACUAUGACAUCGCUCAUCUACGGCGCAUGUGUUUGCGUUCCGUCAGAUAGUGAACGAAUGGAAAACCUUGUUGGCUUUAUUAACAAGAAGCAAGUGAACUGGGCUUUCCUCACGCCGACUUUUGCUCGUACGAUCCAGCCAGAAGAUGUUUCAGGCCUACAGCUCCUCUUAGUUGGCGGUGAAUCUAUCCCUCAAGACUUAGUUCUCAGGUGGUUCGGGAAGCUACGUCUUAUCUGCGCCUGGGGUCCCACGGAGAGCUGUGUUAUCAGUGCUGUGCACGAAUGGACUUCUGCUGAAGAGUCUUCUCUUGUCAUUGGCCGUCCAGUUGGUGGUUUCUGCUGGAUUGUUGACCCAGAUAUGCCGCACCGCCUUGCUCCAAUAGGCACAGUCGGCGAAAUCGUUGUUCAAGGCCCAACACUCCUACGUGAAUAUCUAAAUGACCCUCAACGAACUGAGGCUGCAUUGAUUCCGAAACCAACUUGGACUCCUCAGCCUGAUCCUCAGCAUUGGAAUCGAUGCUAUAGAUCCGGCGAUCUAUGUUUCUACGGGCCUGAUGGCAAUAUCGUAUUCAGUGGCCGUAAGGAUACACAAGUUAAGAUCCGCGGUUUCCGGAUUGAACUUGGAGAUAUAGAACACCAUAUUCGCAGUCAAUUAGACACUCCCUGUGACGUCGCCGUGGACGUCUUGAAAACUACUGCUGGAGCUAGCCUGAUAGCUUUUAUCAGCUUCAAUAUCGAAGCCAAUGCGUCCAUUGUUGACUCCGGUGCUGAUAUAUUCCUUCAGCUCGAGCCCGACAUGCAAAACAAGUUUAGUGCUUUGCUUGGGCGCCUCAAAGCUCUGCUGCCCCCAUACAUGGUUCCGGCAAACUUUGUUCCUUGCCAAUAUCUCCCGUUUACAACGUCUACAAAGUUGGACCGCAAGAAGCUAAAGACUAUGGCUUCCAAGCUUAGUCCAGAGACUCUUGCUGAAUAUGCACUCUCCAAGUCGGAGAAGCACAGUCCGAAGACAGAGAUGGAACACCGGCUACAGGCCAUAUGGGCUACAAUAUUAAGCAUACCUGCCGCAUCAAUCAGCCGUGAUGAUAGUUUCCUGCAGAUUGGCGGCGACUCCAUUAUGGCAAUACACUUUGUUAAUGCCGCCCGGGAUGCGAAUAUUGGACUUACAGUAUCCGAUGUCUUUGAUGAUCCCAGGCUAUUAGCCAUUGCUGCUAAAGUGACUGAUCUCACGAAAUGUGAUUCGGUGUCGGAAGUCACACAGUUUGCUCUUCUUGAUGAGAGAGUGCGACAAUCGCUAUCAAGUCAAGAGUUACGGCACGCGUGUAAUUUUGCUGAAGAUAGCGUCAUUCAAGACGCCUACCCCUGCACUAAGUUGCAAGAGGGUCUUUUGGCUCUUGCAGAGAAACAGCCUGGAAGCUAUGUUGCAAAGUUUGUCUACCGCCUGAAUGAUAGCAUUGACAUUCAGAGGUUCAGAGCUGCCUUCGAAAAGACAAUAAAGAUUUGCAACAAUUUGCGAACAAGAAUCGUUGUUGUCGGAAACACGACGGUUCAAGUUGUUCUUGAGGAUGACGUUGCGUGGGAGAAUCCAGAGGGCACGGAGCUGCACUCAUAUGUCAAGUCCAUGGAUUCCUUCAAAAUGGCUUACGGAUCUCGAUUACACCGCUAUGCCAUUAUCGAAGACAAUGGGGAGAGCUACUUUAUAUGGACUUUGCACCAUUCUAUCUAUGACGGCUGGACGUUACGUCUCAUGAUGGAAGUUCUUCAUUCGGUUUAUCAGGAUUGUACCCCUGUACAACUGCAGCCGUACAACAGGUUUGUAGAAUAUAUUGCAAACCUUGAUCAUGAAGAAGCAAGAAUUUACUGGGCAGCACAACUUCACGGCGCAAGCCGCGCAUCGUACCCGCCUUUCUCCAACUCCGCAAAAGACUCAAACUCCUGUAAAACUCUAGAAAGAGAUUUGGAGUUGCCUGAGAUGACUGGCUUGUCAGUUACAAAAGCGACAAUAAUCCGAGCCGCAUGGGCUAUACUCCUUGCAAGAUAUUGCGAGAGCGAGGAUAUUUGCUUUGGAGUUACCGUGUCUGGUCGUCAAGCAUCUGUUCAAGGAUUGUCAGAAAUGCCAGGGCCUGCACUUGCUACUGUGCCUAUCCGUGUCCAGCUAGAUAAACAGCAAACUGUAUUGGACUAUUUAGGCACCAUGCAAAGUCAGGCCUCGAAGAUGGUCCCUUAUGAGCAGUUUGGGCUACAGGAGAUUGCUAAAAUUAACUCUGGAACUCAAGAGGCCUGCAAUUUCUCGAGCCUGUUGGUUGUUCAACCGAUGCAGCAUUUAACAAAUGAAGACGAUGCAAUGCUUAUGCCAGUCCAAGUUGACUUGCAAGAAGAAAAUACGAUGCAGAACUACUUCAACUACCCUCUUGUCAUUCAAGGCCAUGUGCGAGAUGAAAGCGUCAAUCUUUUCUUCAUUUAUGAUUCCAGCGUUCUCCCAGAGUCACAAAUAUUAGCUAUAUCUCACCAGUUGGAACAUAUUAUGAAGCAACUCAUCUUGAACCCGGCAUCGCAGCUUAAUGAUUUAUCUUCGACUUCUAAUUGGGAUGUUGAGUUCUCCCACAAAGUCAAUAGCGAGGCUCUACCAGAAAUCCUAGACACUUGCUUGCAUACGCUUAUUGAACUCCAAGCAGAGGCAUGCCCAGACGCUAUGGCUGUACAAGGCUGGGAUAAAACAUUCACCUACCAUGAGCUGAACAGGGCAGCCAAUCGGCUAGCUCACCAUCUUGUCACGGAGAUAGGUGUGAAACCUCAUGACAUAGUUCAUGUUUGCUUCAGCAAAUCAGCUUGGUAUGUCGCAGCCAUAUUGGCAAUCAACAAGGCUGGUGCUGCUUGGGGCCCCAUUGAUCCAUCACAUCCUCUUCAACGUCAUAAACAGAUUGUCAGCCAAACAAAAGCACGAGUUGCACUUGCGUCCCCAGACAAUGUUGAGAGAUGUUCUAAAUUAGUCCCUUCAGUCGUUGCAGUCUCGUCGUCCUUAGAUUCCAAUCUCAGUGAGAAGAACUACGAUAGUCGUAGCGGGCCCGACGUUACAGUAACUGCUCUUCACGCUGCCUACGUCUUAUUUACUUCUGGCAGCACAGGUACGCCAAAGGGCUUAAUCAUAGAUCACGGCGCGCUCUGUACAAGUCAAACAGCUGUUGGAAAACGCUUCGGGUUUACGCCGAAGGUGAAGAUUUUACAAUUCACCACUUAUGUGUUUGACUUUUCCAUCAGCGAAAUCAUAGCAGCCAUGUUAUUUGGUGCUUGCGUAUGCAUUCCAUCCGAAGAAACCCGUAUGAACCGGUUGAAAGAUUUCGUCCAGGAAAGUGGCAUAAACUGGCUAUUCCUGACUCCAUCCUUUUUACAAACACUAAAACCCGAUGAAGUGCCAAACGUAGAAUUGGUAGCGGUUGGAGGCGAGCCUCUCCCUCGUGCUUUGUUUGAAGAAUGGGUUGAUAAAGUGAGACUCUUCAAUUGCUGGGGGCCGUCAGAAACCUGCGUUAUGAGUGCAAUGCACGAAUACAAAUCAGCAGACGAGUCAAAUAUGACCAUUGGAAAGCCAGUUGGCGGAUUCUGUUGGAUUGUCGAUCCAGAAGAUCCGCAGAGACUUGCACCGGCGGGAGCAGUCGGUGAGCUGAUUGUGCAAGGACCUACUCUAUUGCGCGAGUAUUUAAAUGAUCCUGCAAAGACCGAGGCUUCGAUAUUGUGCACCCGUCCUGAUUGGGCUUUAUGUCCUGAUACGGAGCAUUGGAAUCGCUUUUACAAGUCAGGAGACCUUUGUUCUUAUAAUCCCGAUGGUACUAUCCAAUUCCAUUCGCGCAAGGAUACGCAAGUCAAAAUUCGCGGUCUGCGUGUGGAGUUGGGCGAAAUUGAAUAUCGCAUUAAAGAAGCUCUCCGCGGCGCUCUUCAAGUUGCUGUUGAUGUCUUCAAGUCUGACACUGCCUCAGUUCUCGCUGCGUACUUUUGCUUUAGCGAUGCCACUGCAGUCAUCUCAGGAACAGACGCCAAUGAUGUUUUCAUGCCGUUGACGGAAGAAGUUCAACAUCGCAUUGCAGCCAUGGUUGAAGAGAUCAAGAUUUCACUUCCAGAGUAUAUGAUUCCUACCCUUUUCAUCCAGUGCCAUUAUAUGCCCACUACCACAUCUGGAAAGCUGGAUAGAAAGACUUUACAAAUGCUCACAUCAGUCCUCAAUCAAGACCAAUUGGCGGGUUAUGCAUUAGUGAACAGUAAGAAAGUCAUGCCUAAAACUCCAAUGGAGUGCAAGCUACAGGCCAUCUGGGCAGACGUCUUGGCUGUUCCUAUGGAAACAAUUGGCCGCGAUGACAGCUUCCUCAGCAUCGGCGGUGAUUCAAUUGCUGCUAUCAGGCUAGUGGCCGCCGCCCGUGAUAAAGGGAUUGCGCUUACAGUGAGCGAUAUUUUCCAAGAUCCUCGACUAUUAUCCGUUGCCUCCAGAGCUUCUUUCACGGACGAUAACGAGGAAUUGGCGGUUACUCAUAUCGCACCUUUUACCCUACUUGACGAAUCCCAACAUGACUUGAUCUCCAAUAGCCCUACUGAUCCGGUCUUAGCAUUGCCCCGUGGCAUUGACAUAGAAGAUGCCUAUCCCUGCUCGAAGAUGCAAGAAGGCCUGAUGGCACUAUCAGUCAAGCAGCCUGGCUCUUACAUUGGGAAAUAUAACUAUCGUAUUCCGUCUCACGUUGAUGUCACCAGGCUAAAAACAGCAUGGGAGCACAUCGUCAACCACUUCACCAAUCUUCGUACAAGAAUUAUCAGGCUUGGUGCAACUUCUGUCCAGAUUGUUGCCAAGGAUGACAUCGCUUGGGACUCUACGGACCAAAUGACGCUCCGAUCGUAUCUGCAAGAAACUCGAGUCAUGGAAAUGGGUUAUGGUUCGCGCCUAUGCCGCUAUGCUAUUAUUAAAGAUGACGGAUGUUUUUACUUUUCCAUGAAUAUCCAUCACGCCGUCUAUGAUGGCUGGGCGCUGUCCGUUAUCUUCCAGGCCUUCCAUCAAGCUUAUAGAGGCCUCGAGCUUGCCAGUCUCGUCCCGUAUUCCCAUUUCAUCAAAUACACUAUGGAACUUGACUACGAAGCCGCUGGCAAUUACUGGGCAAAGCAACUCCGGAAUGCUCGAAAAGCAGCAUUCCCCUCCGUUCCAAUUGAGUCCACCAGUAAGCCAGAUGCUUCGCGUACAGUCACAGCGGAACUUGAGCUUUCAAGGAGCAAUUCAAAUAUCACCACAGCCACUAUUGUGCGUGCCGCUUGGGCAAUAGUCCUUGCACGCUAUUGUGAUAGUACCGAUGUUUGCUUUGGCGCAACAGUCUCUGGACGGCAAGCAUCCCUGCAUGGCUUGACACAAAUGCCUGGCCCAGUAAUUGCCACCAUACCCGUCCGUAUUCAUCUCGAAAACCAGAAAUCAACAGUAAAAUUCCUGGAGGACGUUCAAACCCAGGCAAUGGAGAUGAUACCCUAUGAGCAAUUUGGCCUACAGAAUAUCCGCAGACUUGACAGUGACGCCGAGGACGCGUGUGAUUUCACAAGCUUGCUUGUCGUUCAACCUCUCCAAAUGUUCUCAAAUAAUGACAGUGGCAGUGAAGAUACCCUUUUGGAUGCUAUCGAAAGUACAGAGGAGGAUACAGAUGGAAUGCAAAAUUAUUUCUCGUACCCCCUUGUGGUUCAAGGCCAUUUGAGCGACGAUUUUGUCAGAAUUGUUCUAAUCUACAACCCGCUGUGUAUUGCUGAGCAACAGAUUAUGGCAUUGUCUGAACAGCUCAAGCAUGUCAUCACCCAGCUAGCCGAGUCACAACCCAACCAGAUACUAGGCCAUCUAUCUCUCGUUUCCCAGUGGGAUAUUCAACAGUCGCACAAGCUCAACUCCGAUGUUCCCGAGAUUAUCAAUUCUUGUUUCCAUCAUCUCGUUGAAGAUCAGGCUACUUAUCGCCCCAAUGCUAUGGCUAUCCGUUCUUGGGAUGGUGACUUCACCUAUGCCGAGCUUAACCAAGCAGCUAAUCGUCUUGCGAACCAUCUCGUUCAGACAUACGAUAUUCAGACAAAUGAGCUGAUACAUGUGUGCUUUGAGAAGUCCAUCUGGUAUUUUAUAUCAAUCUUAGCUAUCAACAAGGCUGGUGCUGCUUGGGUGCCAAUUGACCCGUCUCAUCCUGUACAGCGCCUCCGAGAGGUUGUCAAUCAAACUAAGGCAAAGAUUGCGCUCUGCUCGCCAGAAUACAUUGAUAUCUGUUUCACUCUCGUUGAAUCCGUCGUUCAAGUUUCUCCUGGAUUGGAUACCCAGCUUUUACAACUUGUAAGCAGUCAACAAGGUCCCGCAAGCGAAGUCUCUCCAAGCAAUAUUGCCUAUGUGCUUUUUACGUCAGGCAGCACUGGCACUCCGAAGGGUCUAGUAAUGCAGCAUAGAUCUGUGUGUACAAGCCAGAUGUCGAUUGCAAAGAGACUUGGGUUGACACCAGAAGUUCGCAUGCUUCAGUUUGCAGCGUUUGUUUUCGAUCUAUCAAUUGGCGAAAUUAUCGCUCCCCUCAUUACAGGAGCUUGCUUUUGCGUUCCAUCAGCACACUCGAGAGUAAAUGAGCUUCCAAAGUUCAUUCAAGACAUGAACGUUAACUGGGCGUAUCUGACGCCUUCGUUCGUACGGACUCUCAAACCAACAGAUGUUCCAGGUCUAGAACUUUUACUGCUUGCCGGUGAAGCAGUUCCUCGUGAUGUGCUUACGGCCUGGUUUGGUAAGUGGAAAUCGAUUGAUGAGUCGUCUCUUACAAUUGGACGCCCUGUCGGCGGCUUCUGCUGGAUUGUCGAUGCUGAAAAUCCAGAACGCCUUGCACCUUUCGGUACGAUUGGUGAAGUCGUCAUCCAAGGUCCGACUCUCUUGCAGGAGUAUCUUGCAGACCCAGAGCGCACCAAUGCCUCCACCAUGCCAUCCGCUGGAUGGGCUCCUCACCCGGAUGGGACGAACUGGAACAGAUUCUAUAAGUCGGGUGAUCUUUGUCGUUAUAACGCAGACGGCACUCUUGAGUUUUCGACACGCAAAGACACGCAAAUUAAGAUUCGUGGUCUGCGUGUUGAACUGAGUGAAGUUGAAUACCACAUCCAACAAGCUUUAACGGGUGUGCAACAGGUAGCCGUUGACGUUUUCAGAGGCGAGAGUGGCUCUAAUCUUGUUGCCUACAUUUGUUUCAACAAUGAGACAAGGACGGCAGGUAUCCAAGUUGACAAAGAAGAGACGCCUUUCUCAUCUCCCGACGAAAGCCUACGGAACCAGCUGGUUGCUCUCGCGGGAGAACUAGCCCUCGCCUUGCCCCGCUACAUGAUCCCAACGUUGUUUAUUCCUUGCCAGUAUAUGCCAUUCAUCACCUCUACAAAAUUAGACAGAAAAUUGCUCCAGAGGCUGCUGUCGUCGCUUAGUCAAGAUCAGCUGGCGACAUAUUCAUUAGCCAACAGCGAAAAGCGUCAGCCAGAGACCGAAAUGGAGCAACGCUUACAGCUAAUCUGGGCCGAGAUCAUGAAUUUGCCAAUGGACUCUAUUGGCAGAGACGAUACUUUCUUCCAGCUCGGUGGCGAUUCCAUUAUGGCUAUAUAUCUCGUGUCAACAGCGCAGCAAGAUGGCAUUUCACUUACCGUGAAGGAUGUUUUUGAUGACCCCAGAUUACUCGCUGUUGCCUCAAAAGCUGUUACAAUUGAAGAUGCUGUAGAUGAAACAGAUUCUACUCCAGAGCCAUUUAGCCUCUUGCCUAAAUCACAGCAAAGCCUUGUCCUUGAAGGUAAGGUUCGCAAAGAGUGCGGCCUUCUCAAGGACCAAACUAUCAUUGAUGCAUAUCCCUGCUCUUCUCUCCAGGAAGGUCUCAUUGCUCUUACUGCAAAGCAGCCGGGGUCAUAUGUUGCUACCUAUGCCCACCAUUUAUCGGACUCAGUGGACAUUCCCAUGUUUAUGGCUGCGUGGGACUCGGUCGUGGAAAUGUGCGACAACCUUCGAACACGAAUCGUUGUGUUGGAUGGAGUUAUGACGCAAAUAGUACUCGACAAUCAUAGUAAUUGGGUGUCUGCCGAUAAUGAGACUCUCGAGUCAAUGACUGGAUCGUCACGGAAUUUGAAGAUGGGGUACGGAACUCCGUUAUGCUGGUACGCGAUUGUGUCGGACAAGGGUGAAAACUACUUCGUCUGGUCCGCUCAUCAUUCCAUUUACGAUGGAUGGACAAUAAGAGUCAUGUUCUCAGCUCUGUAUAGUACCUAUCAAGAUGGUUAUGCACCUGAAAUACGACCGUUCUCUACGUUCAUCAAAUCGAUACGGGAGCUUGAUAAUAACAAGGUUGCAUCAUACUGGAGGGAAGAACUAGCCGGAGCAAAACGUGCCACGUUUCCACCUCGCCGAAGUGCCCUAAGUAGCACAGAAACCAAGAGAUAUAGCUCAACGAUUGCGUUCUCAAGAGCUGUAAAGAGCUCCAUCACACAAGCCUCGAUUCUGCGAGCUGCAUGGGCCAUUGUCCUUGCCCGUUACUGCGAUAGCAAUGAGGCGGUUUUCGGUGCAACAGUUUCUGGUCGUCAAGCAAAAAUACAAGGAGCGGAAAUGAUUGCUGGACCAAUGAUUGCCACGGUUCCUAUCAGAGCCCGUCUUAAUAGCCAGGCACCGAUAUCCAGAUUCCUCCAAGAUAUCCAGAAUUUGAGCACAGCCAUGAUACCUUAUGAACAGUAUGGCAUACAGAAUAUCUCUAAAGUCAGUCCAGAAGCCAAGGAGGUUUGCGACUUCUCAAGUCUGUUGGUCGUUCAGCCUCCUGCACACGGGGCAGUCGAUGAUGCGGAUGAUGGCAUAUUUGUUCAAGACGAAUCCGCAAGCGACCUCACAAUGAAUGCCAUGGACGGCUACUUUAAUUACCCGUUUGUCAUCAUUGCCAAUCUCUAUGCCGAUAAAUUCCAUCUGAAUCUCUUUUACGACCCUACGGUAUUAUCAGAGUCUCAAGUGGUUGCUUUGGCAUCUCAUUUGGAUCACGUCACUCAACAAAUAGUCGCAAAGGAGGCAGUCAACACACCUCUAAGCUCAGUGUCUCUUCUCAGCCCCUGGGAUCUCAAUCAUGCAGUUGAAUCAAACAGAUUAAACCCUUCCAGCGAGACUUGCGCGCAUUGGCUCAUCCAAGAAACCAUCCAAUCUCGACCAAAUGACAUAGCUAUCGCGUCUUGGGAUGCGGAGCUCACUUACUCUCAAGUCGGCACAUUCGCUUCUCGUUUGGCGGUCAAAUUGCAAGAACGCGGAGUCGGCCCCGAAACUCUGGUUCUUUUGUGUUUCCCCAAGUCAGCGUGGGCUGUCAUCGCCAUGGUGGCUAUCGAAAUGGCUGGCGGCGCCUUUGUUCCUCUUGAUCCAGCAGCUCCAGCCGCUCGAUUGAAAGGCAUCAUUGAUGACACUCAUGCUGUUCUUGCUAUAGCCAGUCCAUCUACUGGUACGGUGCUUGAGGGAUUAGGUGUCGAAAUUAUAUCGGUCGAUCAGGAAAUGCUUUCUGCACUACCUGACCCAACUCAUCCAGUCGUGUCCAACGUCCAACCUCAACAUGCAAGCGUCAUUCUUUUUACCUCCGGUUCUACCGGUAAGCCAAAGGGCAUGGUUAUCCAGCAUAACAACCUUUGCUCAUCAAGCGACGCGUAUGGAGAUAAACUUGACAUCGGGCCGGGAACACGAGUCUUCCAAUUUUCAGCUUACACAUUUGAUGUCGGCAUUCUAGACUGCCUCGUAUCUUUAAUGCGCGGCGCCUGUCUCUGUAUCCCCUCUGACCACGACCGGAUGAACAAUCUAUCAGGUGCCAUGCGGUCUCUAAAGGCCAAUUGGGUAUUCCUGACCCCCACUGUUGCCGACCUUUUGUCUCCCACUGAUGUCCCUGACCUAAAGGUGGUAUGUCUCGGUGGUGAGGCUAUUAGCAAGAAGUGCGCAGAUCGCUGGGUAAAUCAUGUCGAGUUACAUGGCCUCUAUGGACCGGCUGAGGCAUCCAUCUGCGCGUGGAAUCCCACAGUUGGCAAAUCUGGUCGGUCGACCAACCUUGGUAGACCAAUCUCCAGUGCAUUCUGGGUCGUUGAACCGAGCAAUAUCAGACAGCUUGUACCUGUGGGGUGCAUAGGUGAACUUCUUAUUGAGGGCCCUAUGCUUGCCCGUGGCUAUUUGAACGUUAGUGCUGAAGUUGCUUCCAGCUGGAUGGAUGACGUGGAUUGGCUUCCUGGGGAGAAGAAGAGAGUGUAUCGCACAGGCGAUUUGGUUCGCCGGAACCCUGACGGCACAUUCGAGUACAUGGGACGAAAAGACACUCAAGUCAAGCUUCACGGCCAACGAGUGGAACUUGGUGAGAUUGAGUCCCAAAUUCAUCACUUUCUCCCUGAUAAUAUGGCUGCUAUGGUCGACAAUCUCAAAGCGGAUGAUGAGAAUGCGCAUGAUAUUCUUCUGGCCUUCCUUUGGUAUACCGAAGAAGACAGUGCUCAAUCGCAAAGUCUCCGUCUUAUGCACUCUCUACCAGAAAAAACGCAGAGAUUCAUUUGCCAUUUGGAUUCAUCGCUGGCAGAAGCUCUCCCCUCAUACAUGAUUCCUUCGUCGUACUUAAUAUUUGAGGGUAAGCCAGAACAGACGACAUCCGGAAAAGUUAAUCGACGCGCUCUGGUGGAACUUGGCCGUAGCGUCUCUGUCCAGGAUCGCCUGCGCUUCACUCCUGAUGCUGGUGACCAUGAAUCACCCACAACUCCAAUGGAGUUGCAACUGCAAGCUCUCUGGGCUCAAGUCCUUAAGAUUGAAGAUGUUACAGUCAUUGGAAAGCACGAUAGCUUCCUUCACCUUGGUGGUGAUUCAAUCACUGCAAUCGAAUUAGUCUCAUUAGCCCAGCGACAGAACAUUGGCCUCACGGUAGCGCUGAUUUUCAAUAAUCCGCGACUUUCAUCCAUGGCAGAGGCCAUCCAUACAGAACUUUCUCCGUCGUCUUCAGCAGAAGAUGUUGCUCAAUCUGGUCUCAUCUCAAGCAUUGAUAAGCAGACUGCCCUAAGGGCAGUCAAAACCCAGUGCCAUCUUUCUGAUUCUGCGGAAGUCGAGGACAUAUACCCAUGUACGGAUCUUCAAACAGGUCUAAUGGCUUUGACUAUCAACCAACCAGGGUCUUACAUCGCAAAACAUGUCUACCGUCUCGGAUCUCAUAUCGACAUUGAGCGCUUCAAACUAGCUUGGGAACAAACAGUGAAUUACUGCACCAACCUUCGUACCCGAAUCGUGCUCUACGGAAACACUGCAGUUCAAGCAAUUAUCCAAGAACCAAUUGACUGGUCAUCCACUUAUACCGAUCUUCGUUCUUUCCUCCUAUCACACGAAAAUCGCAAUAUGACUUAUGGCUCGCCGCUCUGUCGAUACGCCAUGAUUGCUCAAGGCAGUGAACAUUACUUCGCCGUAAAUAUUCAUCACACUGUCUUCGAUGGAUGGACUUUAUCAAUCGUGCUGAGAACAUUGCAUGCUAUGUAUUCUCAAGUUCAACCACCCUCGAUUCAACCGUAUGCCAAUUUUAUCAGGUAUAUUAUGGAUCUUGACCAAGAGAAUUCCCGCAACUAUUGGUCUACACAACUGCGUGGUGUCAAACGCACAAUGUUCCCUGUGGGACUCACUCAACCGAAGCCUUCGUCUGCUGCACAGAAAAUUGCAGGCUUGCUGAGUAAACAAGUACACUUCCCACGUCCGUCGAAAUCCUCCAUCACCCGUGCUACUAUAUUGCGCGCAACAUGGGCAUUGUUGCUAGCGCGAUAUGAUCACGUUGAUGAUGUUUGCUUUGGCACAACCGUCUCUGGACGACAAGCUCCAGUACAGGGCGUGGAUGAGAUGCCUGGGCUUGUCAUUGCCACGGUUCCUGUACGAGUCCAGCUUGACAAACAGCAAACGAUUUCCGCUCUCCUCGACACCAUCCAGAAUCAAGCAUUUGACAUGAUACCUCAUGAGCAAUACGGGUUGGCAAACAUCUCCAGGAUUAGCAAUGACGCCAAGGAAGCAUGUAAUUUUACAAAUCUCCUCAUCGUUCAGCCUGCUCAACAAUUCAUUCAGGCCGGCGAUGCAGCGGAGCCAGCUAUUUUCCAUCCGGUUGUCGCUGAAGGCAUUACUGAAGGCGAACUCCUCGGUGACUACUUCAGCUAUCCUCUUGUCAUGCAGUGCCAAUUGCUCGAAGAGGGUGUUGAGUUAGGCCUGAUAUAUCAACCGGAUGUUAUCAACGACUCUCAAGUGAAUGCCCUUGCCGAACAAUUCGCUUACAUCCUUGAACAACUCCAGAGUGCUGGUGAUACGACAUUAGCAGAACUAUCUGCUGCUAGCCCUUGGGAUGUAGAACAAGCUAUUGAGCGCAACAGCUACAGCAUCGGGCCAAUCGAAUCGUGUGUGCACGAACUGAUCUCGAUUCAGGCUGCUAAGAAUCCCCAGCAGGAAGCUAUAUACUCCACUUCUGGAAGCAUGACGUAUAGAAAAGUUGACCAGUUAUCGAAUCAACUUGCUUCACAUCUCAUUCGGCUUGGUGUUAAGUCUGAGACUAUUGUGCCUUUCUGUUACGAAAAGUCAAUGUGGUCAAUUAUUGCUAUGCUAGGUAUCAUCAAGACCGGCGGUGUCUUCCUACCAUUAGAUCCGUCCCAUCCACUCAGUCGCCGUCAGGCCCUGGUCGAUGAAACAAGCGCCCAGUAUAUGAUCGUUUCUCCCACCACAGCCAAAGAAUGUAAAGGUAUGACCAAGAACAACAUUGAGCUCUCGCCGAAUUUCUUUUCGAAGAAGAAACGUUCUUCUACAGCUCGAAAAUUCAAGCCCAUGAAACCUCGGCCCGGAAGUGCAAUGUAUAUUUUGUUUACUUCCGGAUCAACUGGAAAACCAAAGGGUGUGAUCAUUGAACACAAACCCAUAUCCAGCUUCCUAGUAAAGCUCUGUGAAGUUGCCCAGUUUAGCGGCAAAUCCAGAAUACUUCAAUUUUCCAGCUAUGGCUUUGAUGCUUCUAUUUUCGAAAUCUUUGCCAUUUUGAUAUCUGGAGGUACUGUGUGUGUUCCUACAGAAACGGAGCGCAUGCAGCAUACAUCGACGUUUAUUGAAGAAGCUAAGAUCAACACCGCUAUUCUUACACCGACAUUUGUCAAGACACUCAGCCCAGAGUCGGUUCCCUCACUGAAAACCCUAUUCCUUUGUGGAGAGGCUCCUUCUAAAGAGGUCGUAGACUUAUGGCGCCAACAUGUUAGCCUGUGGAAUGCAUAUGGGCCUACGGAAACCUGCAUCGUUUCCACUCUCCAGCACUAUACAGAUGUAUCAGUACCAGUUACGACCAUUGGCCGUGGGUUCGCUCAUCAUUGUUGGGUUGUCAAUCCAGAAAAUCAUGAUGAGCUUACCCCUAUUGGGUGUGUAGGUGAACUCCUAGUACAAGGAGACUCUUUAUCCCGUGGUUAUAUCAAUGAUGAGGAGAAGACGAAUAACGCAUUCAUCAACCAUGUCAAGUGGCUUCCCGCCAAUAUCGAUGUCGGAAAGCGCCGGUUUUACAAGACUGGUGAUCUAGUCCGAUACAACCCUGACGGAAGCUUUAACUACCUUGGCCGAAAGGAUACUCAAGUCAAGAUUCGCGGCCAACGUAUUGAGCUGGGUGAAAUUGAGUAUCAGAUUAAGCUUCACUUACCUGACCUCAAGCACGCGGCGGUUGACAUUAUUCGUCACGAUACACAUGAGUCUCUAGUUGCAUUCGUGAACUUCUCUGGCGACAAGGGCCCCAGCGAGGUUGCUCAGGUUCAGUUGGUGUCACAUAACGACGAGCUGCAAGAGCUCUUCUCUCAGUUGGUCACAAACCUUACUACAGUUUUACCAAGCUACAUGGUUCCCAAGUAUUUUAUUGCUGUCGAGUCCAUGCCACUCAAUACGGCUGGCAAGCUUGACCGAAAAGCGCUUUUGCAGACAGCGACAAGUCUCUCCACCGAAGAUUUGGCAGUUCAUUUGGCUGGUCAGCGUCUGCCAUUCCGUGAUGCUACAUCCGAACUCGAGCACUGGAUCCGAGUCCAGUGGGCAGAUAUUCUCGAAAUGCCAAGAGAAACAAUAAGCGUAGACGACAAUUUCUACCAGUUGGGUGGUGACUCUAUUCGCAUCGUCAACAUCUCGAGACGUAUCCUUGAUAAAUUCGGUGUGUCCCUUGGCAAUACGCUCAUGAACAGCAAACACACCACGAUCAGCAAUAUGGCCAAGUAUAUUUCUCUCAGCGCGGAGAAUGGGGCGACAGAGGUAGAUCACUCAGAUGCAGACAUAGAUUUAAUGGUCAAGAUCAAUUCGAUUUCUCAGUUGCCUUGGAUGUUACAACCACAAGGCCUACAAGGAAACCCCAUAAAGACACUACCUGAGCAAGCAACAGUUUUCCUAACGGGAGCGACUGGUUUCCUUGGUACGGAGAUUUUGAGGCAGUUGGUGCGAAACCCUGCAAUAAAAUCCAUCGCUGUUCAUGUCCGUUCGAAAUCACUAGAACAAGGGAUGGGACGCGUCCGGGAGACAGCCAAGAUCGCAGGCUGGUGGAGUGAGGAGGAUGCAGAAAAAUUGGAAAUCUGGUUGGGUGACCUUGCUAAGCCACAUCUCGGCCUCGCAGACGCUCAGUGGAAACGUCUUUCUGGUCUAUCGAAAUCAGACACCAACAUCGACGCAAUUGUCCACAACGGAGCAUCUGUCAACUGGAAUGCCAACUAUGAUACUCUUUGUGCUGCCAAUGUUACUUCCACUGUUGAUCUGUUGAAGGCAACAGCAACAUCACCACAGCAGCCCAAGUUCGUGUUUGUAUCCGGUGGUGCCUUCAUGGAUCCAGCCGAAAAUCAAGCCGUGUCAGCAGCGCUUCUCAAAACCGUCAAUGGCUACUCUCAAACUAAGUUCGUCUGUGAAUCUGUCAUUUCGAACAUUGCCAGAAGCCUGCCUAUCAACCAGAAUCGAGUGUCAACUGUCAAGCCAGGGCGUAUUAUUGGUACGGCAGAGCACGGUGUUGCCAACGUCGAUGACUUUGUCUGGCGCGUGGUCUCUACUGCAGCAUCAAUCCACGCUUACCCAGAGGAACCAUCAGAACAUUGGAUGGUUAUGCAAGAUGUGGGCAUAGUUGCGUCAAACGUUCUGAACCAGCUCUUUGCCGAUGACAUCAAGCCAUUCUGGAUGCUUGCAAGUGGUAUGCCCAUGUCUGUCUUCUGGGAUCGCAUCAAUUCUGGACUAGAAGUCCCAUGCAAACCGGUAUCUUGGCAGGAGUGGAUCGAACUCGCAUUAGCAUCGAUGAACAGAGUUGGUAACAAGCAUCCAUUGUGGCCUGUACAACAAUUCCUUGGCCAGCUUGGCCUACCGCCAACUAUUGUACAAUUGUCAAAUGCCGGCACUCCUGAGUGUGAACAGUCUAUGUCGGCCGUUGAGAGUAAUGUGAGAUAUCUCAGGAAGAUUGGCUUUAUUCGUUCAUCAGAAGAUGCGUUUGACAAUGUUCAGCGUGAGGGCACGAUUCGGCGUAUGCAUACACUAGGGGGCUAA